AUGGCUCGAUGCCAACACUUCAAAGCUCUACAGACUAAUAGUUAUCUAGGAUAUUUGAAAGCUCGCAAUAAGAACUUGAACAUCUACGGUUUCGACUGGCCCUUAGGCUAUGUCCGAUUGAGACCAAACCGUUCGCAACCCUACUUUACUUGUUUGAUCCCAACCCAUGUGUCGAUAUCAGCUCGCUGGCUGACAUGGGACCAAAGACCGACAUCCUCAACGUAUGACUUUACACCGUCUUUGAUCACCUAUGAACAAUUGAAGCGCCAAGAUGAUGAUAUCUAA